UUAACCUCAACCAACAACAUUUUACCAUCACUGACGGUUCCCGUAGAAAUUGUCUUUCUCCCAGACAGAAUUGUUGACAAUGAAGGUCUACGCGCAAGCAACUACGGAGGCCAGACCCGGUGAGACACCAGUCUACCGCAAUUCCCUGGCGGCAAAGAACCUUUUAGAUACUCCCGAGAAUGGCGCGAAAACCGGCUAUGAAAUCCUGCUAGCCUCUUGCAAGAAGUUUGGAAAAAAGAACGCGUUAGGAUGGAGAACCCUUGUGAAGGAGCAUGUUGAGACGAAGAUGGUGACGAAGACAAUUGACGGCCAACAGAAGCAGGUUCCUAAGACUUGGACGUAUUUCGAAAUGUCCGAAUACCAGUACAUUACCUACGACCAGAUGCUGGAAACUGUGCACAAAUUGGGUGGCGGUCUGUUGAAGUUGGGUCUGCAGGCUGGAGACCGUCUCCAGAUGUAUGCGGCAACAUCUGCCCGCUGGCUGUUGACUGCUCAGGCAGCUAUGUCGCAAAACAUACCCAUUGUCACUGCAUACGACACGUUGGGCCAGGAGGGUCUGCUGCAUUCGCUGCGUGAAACGAAUGUGAAGGCGAUGUUCACUGAUGCACGGUUGUUGCACACCAUCGUCGCUCCCUUGAAGGAGGUCACUAGCAUCCAGCACGUUAUCUACAACGGUAAGCCCAAACAGGAGGAUCUCGACAACAUCAAGCAAGCACGGCCAGACAUCAGCCUUAUCGACUUUGAUGAUUUCGAGAGAGACUCCCCUGUGGCCGAGGCCAACCCUCCCAAGUCCGAGGAUAUGUGCUGCAUCAUGUACACUUCUGGCAGCACGGGUCUUCCCAAGGGUGUCGUUAUCACCCAUGCAAACUUGGCAGCAUUGGUUUCUGGCAUCGUCGCCGUCAUUACCGAGCCCAACGAGAACGACUUUCUUUUGGCGUACCUUCCUUUGGCUCACAUUCUUGAAUUUGCAUUUGAAACAGUCUGCUUGUGCUGGGGUGGCACUGUCGGUUACGGCUCUGUGCGCACUUUGACCGACACAAGCAUGCGCAAUUGCAAGGGUGACAUUGCUACAUUCCGCCCUACCAUCAUGAUCGGUGUGCCUGCUGUGUGGGAGCUUGUGCGUAAGGGUAUUAUGGCCAAGAUCAAUGCGGCCUCUGCAUUCCGUCGCUCGCUUUUCUGGACCGCCUACCAUGCCAAGCUUGGCAUGAUCCGUCACCACUUGCCCGGUACUUCGCUACUCGACAGCCUUGUCUUCAACAAAAUCAAGGCUGCUACUGGCGGUCGCUUGCGCUUCAUCUUCUCCGGCGGUUCGCCGCUCGCACCUUUCACGAAGCAGUUCCUCGGUGUGACCCUGUGUCCCAUGCUGUUGGGCUAUGGUCUGACCGAGUGUACUGCUGCUGCAAUGGUGCAAUCCCCCUCCGUGUACAAUGUCGACGAAAACUACGGUGUUAUUUUGCCCUGUGCAGAAUUGAAGCUUGUGGACUGUGCCGAAGGAAACUACAAGGCGCAAGGCAACCCUCCUCGCGGUGAGAUUUGGCUGCGUGGACCCGCUAUCACGAAGGGUUACCUCAACCGGGACAAGGAGAAUAAGGAAUCGUUUACCGAGGACGGUUGGUUCCUCACUGGUGAUGUCGGUGAAUUGACGCCCCAGGGUUUCCUGAAGAUCAUUGACCGGAAAAAGAACCUUGUCAAGACGCAAAAUGGCGAGUACAUUGCCCUGGAGAAGCUUGAGUCAUUGUACCGCAUGAGCGCCUAUGUGUCCAAUAUCUGUGUCUAUGCCGACCAAUCGAAGGUGAAGCCUGUUGCCGUUAUCGUUCCCAACGAGCCUGUUCUCCGCAAGAUUUCUGUGCAGAAGCUGGGCAUGAAGGAGGAUGCUCCCUGGGAGAGUGUCUGCGAGAGCGAUGCUGUCCGCUCAUUCGUGCUGAAGGAUCUCCUCCGUAUUGGCACUGAGCACCACUUUGCCAAUAUUGAGAUGCUCCAGAACAUCGUCAUUUCUCCCUUCGAGUUCACUCCCGAGAAUGGUCUUGUUACAGCUGCCCAAAAGCUUCAACGCCGUUCCAUUCUGAAACGCUUUGAGCACGAAAUUGAAAAUGCAUACAUGGAGUAAAGAAGUUAAUUCUCUAAUUUUUUUGCCUUCUUUUUCUCUCCACAGGAGUCGUUUCGUUCAUUCUCUGCCUCCCGCGCUAUCACCAUUCCAUCAUCCCUAGACGCAUUUUAACGACUGCCUGUGUCCUGUAUUUAUGAUUGAUAAAACAUAGUUUAGUCUCCAUGCGCACUAAGGUCAUGAAGCUACGCCCAUUCUUCCGAAAAUAAUUACGAUGCUACUAAUUCUACACUUAUGCAUUAUCUGGCUGGG